AUGUCUGAACUAAACACCAAGGUCAAAGAUCUAGAAAACGAAAAAAUGAGCCUCACUACAGUGAUAAAAAUUUUACUACACGAACAUGGUCGAGACGACAAACGAUCCGAAGGUGAACAAUGUGACAAAUUUGAGAAAAAAAAACAACAAGAAAAAGCUAAUGUAGUAAUCGUCGAUGAUGAUGAAAAUGUCUCAACACACAAUAGAUAUGAAAUCUUAAGUGACCAUCAAGAAGAAAAUGAAAUUACAUCUACAAGCCAUGGCACGAAUGAAAGCGCAAAAACAAAAAGCCGAAAGUCACAAGGGGGUAAGGAUAAGAGCCGAAACAAGAAAACAAACAAAGCAAGCACUUCUACAGUUAUUGUCGGGGACUCAAUAAUCAAACAUUUAGAUUCCCGAAGGCUGCAGAGAUCAAUAAAGGGUGAAGAGAGCAAAGUUUUUGCUGAAACCUACAGAGGCGCAAAAAUAUCAGCCAUAAAGCACCAUAUUAAACCAUGCUUAGAUAAAAGCCUACACAAAUUAUUCUGCAUGUUGGCACGAAUGAUCUACCAGAGAAACAUCCGA